AUGGUGACCGAGCCAGACAUAGACAUUGUGUUGGGUGGUUACGAGCGCGAGCCAAUGGAGCACUGGGUGGAUGGCAACGGCAAAUUCUUAGGCGAGGAGUGGGACCCAGUGCAGCAAAAAAUGAUCUCGAUCGAAGGCGAGGACCGUCUCGCGGUAAAAGCCGGACCUGACGCGGUGACAGUGCUGGACUUGUGGCUGGUGGCCGAUGAUGACCCUUACUGGGCUGAAGUCGAGGGGGUCCACGCGCCGAUGUCGGACUCCUCUGACGAAGAAGAGCGAGAGAAGCGGACGAGAGAAAAGCCAACCGAAGACGAGAUUCUUUUCGAAGGAAAGGACUCCAUCUUAGACGACUCUCUACUCGAGACCAUUUCCACGGCUGGAGGCGGCCCAGGAGGUAAGAAACAGCAGUUAUAUAGCGAAGCGGGCGGCCCCUUGGAUCUAAGCAACACUCUAGAAAGUACUACCAAUUUUGAGGACGACGAUACUGCGACUGUUAUAACCUCUGGAGGAGGUGGAGGUCAGAAGUCUAACUCUGGUCAGAAGUCAAAUUGUGGCCAGAAGUCUAACUCUGGUCAGACCCACAAGUCUACCUCCGGAGGUGGCGGGAAACAAGUAGGGACACUGUCGCGAGCUGAUACUGGCAUCGACACUGCUGACAUGUCCUUAUCUCACGCGACCACUGGUGGAGCAAUCAUUUUCAAAGACCAGGAGAGGACGAAGAUGAAAGGUGGAGCUUUAUCAAUUAAAGACCAGGAGAAACAGCAAGGGCAAGCAGGCUCCACUACAAGUGCCCAGAAGAACAAGGUCCUCCUAAGUAAGAGCGAUGCUAAAGCGUUGAGGCACAUUAACCGUUUUCCCACCGCACAAUGCCGGUCUCCUCGCGAACGCGUUGGCGUCUCCCGCACUGGGUAUAAUUAAGGCUUCCUCAUAUUCAUCUCAAGAUGCAUCCUCUUGGAAGGGUUUCACAGCUUUCACUAUCUUAACUGUUCUUUAUAUUUUGUUUGGCUCCACGUCUUCUCUCGCCUUCCAAUCUCUUUACUUCCCACCCUUUUGCUCUUCGACUGUUCUCGUCCUUGUUGUCCUUCUGUCCGAAUUAGGCUCUCUUUUCGCUUUAAUACAUUUACCUGUUCCAUCUCAUAAUAAUUUCUGUGGUUUGUAUAAGGGAAAGUGGCUACCAAGAUGCUUAUCUUCUCUUUCCGGAAUUCUCUUUCCGGAAUCCGGAUGAUGAAUAUCGGCAAGGUCUAAUAUAAACUUGUGAUCGGACGCCAUCGGCGCCUUUCUUUGGUGCCUAAGCGUGCCAACCUAAAAGACUAUGACGAGUACGGUUUCGACCCAGAUCCGGAGUUUCAGCAGGCUUUGCGGUCGUACCAGCGUUUCCUCAACCUAGAAGACCUCAACUUAAGGCUCAAUACAAUUCAUUAUAAGCUUCACUUGAGUGAAGAAGUUUUUCAAUUUCACUAUUAGAUUCACCCCAUCAAAGCUCGUCUUCUUUUGAGCUCUAAUCAACAUUCUCACUUGGGCGGACUUUGACGACGCGCUGGCCCACAUAGCCAGUUUAGAAACGCACCUGUACGAUUUGUUGCGUAGAGCGUGUACCAAAGAGUAUGUGAAACUGCUGAAAAAGAUGGAGUCGGCAAGGCGACUAUUAAGGCUUCCCCUAAUCGUCCAUCUGCAGAUUCAUUCUGGAAGCAUCUCGAUCUCCAAGCUGUCUCCUUAUCUGAUAAGGGGGAAAGAGAUUCGAGACAGGUCUCAGGAUGGAGGAUUAGGGGGAGCUCUAAGACUAGGCAGAGACGUGACGGAGGAUGAAAUGAAAGCAUUG